GAAAUGAAACGUGUCGUGGCCGUUGGUGUUGGAGUCCUUGGGGUCGGAGUGGUGGUGUCUCUGCUGGUGCUGUUUAUUCCUCAAACAGUCCAGUUCAGGAAAACAUUCAUGAGGAGGUGUGAGGAGUUCCCGCAGCACAACCACAGCUGUAAAGAUACACUGGAUACCUUUGAAGGAGCCUAUGUCGAUAAGGAGCCAUUUAGCUUCUCUGAGCAAAACUAUAAUCCACUCUUUGAAAAGAUCCCCUUCACACAUUCAAGCAACAAAACGAUGCUCUGGAGUGACACCAAAGCGCUGGUCCAUGACUUCACAAAGAAGCGAGACUGUUUUAUCACCCUGGAGGACACUCUGUUGGGAUUUGUAAUGGAUGGUCAGAAGUGGUGUGGACUGAAAGGCAGCAAGGAGACAUUUUCUGUGUUCUGUGAACUCAUGAAGAACAACAAUCCUGUUAUUUCAUUCUGGAAAAAUGCCUCUGCCAGGUUUGCAGCAUAUGCAAGUGGUGAAGUAACAGCAAUGCUGAAUGGUGGCCUGAAAACACCAUACAAUCCUAACAGUAUUUUUGCAAGCAUUGAGGUAAAGAGACUCUUCUACCCAAAGGUGACGCGCCUCAGUAUUGUUCUGCUCACUGACAAGGAAAAUGUGAAAAAGUGCAAUGAAAAUGAAUCUCUACAGAAUCUAAAGAACGAGCUGGCUCAAAAAGGAAUUCUUUAUAGUUGCAAGGAAGUGACUCGAUCUCACAUACGGAAGUGCAUUAAAGAAAACAAUGCCUGUGGAGCCUGCUGGUGAAGGUGUCUAAACUAAAAUUGAGUUUUAACUUCUUUUCAGUCCUUGUAAACUCAUUAGAGUGCUAUUAAAUGUUUGGCAGAUUA